CCAGGCCCCCUACUUCCGCCGGAAGUGGCUUCCAGCCGCAAGUGCCCUUUCUCCGUUGCACGCGCAGGCUGCCGGCAUCCGGUACCCUGCACCCGGGGCGCGAGUACGAGCACAAUGGCGGCCGCCACCUUGUUGCGCGCGACGCCCCGCCUUAGCGGUCUCAGCGCCGGCCCAGUCCCACUGCUGCAGGGUCUGUUGCGGCCGCCGAAGGCCCCAGCAUUGCCUCUCUUGUGCCGCGGCCUAGCGGUGGAGGCCAAGAAGACUUACGUGCGCGACAAGCCCCAUGUCAAUGUGGGUACCAUCGGCCAUGUGGACCAUGGCAAGACCACACUGACUGCGGCCAUCACGAAGAUUCUAGCAGAGGGAGGUGGGGCCAAAUUCAAGAAGUAUGAGGAGAUUGACAAUGCCCCUGAGGAGCGAGCUCGGGGUAUCACCAUCAAUGCGGCCCACGUGGAAUAUAGCACGGCCAACCGCCACUAUGCUCACACAGACUGCCCGGGUCACGCAGAUUAUGUUAAGAACAUGAUCACAGGCACUGCCCCCCUGGACGGCUGCAUCCUGGUGGUGGCAGCCAAUGAUGGCCCCAUGCCACAGACUCGAGAGCACUUAUUACUGGCCAAACAGAUUGGGGUAGAGCACAUUGUGGUGUAUGUGAACAAGGCAGACGCUGUCCAGGACUCGGAGAUGGUGGAGCUAGUUGAGCUGGAGAUCCGGGAACUGCUCAAUGAGUUUGGCUACAAAGGGGACGAGGCCCCAGUCAUCGUAGGAUCUGCUCUCUGUGCCCUUGAGCAACGUGACCCUGAGCUAGGCCUGAAGUCUGUGCAGAAGCUGCUGGAUGCCGUGGACACUUACAUCCCAGUGCCCACCCGGGAUCUGGAGAAGCCUUUCCUGCUGCCUGUAGAGACAGUUUACUCUAUCCCUGGCCGGGGCACGGUGGUGACAGGUACACUAGAGCGUGGCAUUUUAAAGAAGGGAGACGACUGUGAGUUCCUAGGACAUAGCAAGAACAUUCGCACUGUGGUGACAGGCAUUGAGAUGUUCCACAAGAGCCUGGAGAGGGCAGAGGCAGGGGAUAACCUCGGGGCCCUGGUCCGAGGCUUGAAGCGGGAAGACCUGAGGCGUGGCCUGGUCAUGGCCAAGCCAGGUUCCAUCCAGCCCCACCAGAAGGUGGAGGCACAGGUUUACAUCCUCACCAAGGAGGAGGGUGGUCGCCACAAGCCCUUUGUAUCCCACUUCAUGCCCGUCAUGUUCUCCCUGACUUGGGACAUGGCCUGUCGUAUCAUCCUGCCGCCAGGGAAGGAGCUUGCCAUGCCUGGGGAGGACCUGAAGCUCAGCCUAAUCUUGCGGCAGCCAAUGAUCUUAGAGAAAGGCCAGCGUUUCACCCUGCGAGAUGGCAACCGGACCAUUGGCACCGGCCUUGUCACUGACACGCAAGCCAUGACUGAGGAGGAGAAGAACAUCAAGUGGAGUUGAGUCUGUGGCCCUCCGCCCACGUUCUCUUGCAUUUAGGGCUGCCUUGGCCAGUGUUCUCUCCCGCUUCUGGUGCCCUCAGGGCACAAGCUGCAACCCGGCAGAGUGCAGCUAGACGGACACUUCCCCUUGGUCAGUAGGGGUGGUCUGCCUGGUGAGGUGGGCCAAUAAACUGUUCUGUGAAUAGUAAGCCA